AUGAACCACACUCACACUCAUAUCACCCCCUGGGCUGUAAACGCACAUGCCUACAAGUGUAAAGGAGCUGUUUUGGUUUUUGAAGCGAAAGUAUUACCGAGGGUGGACGAGGAAAUUAGAGACCCGGAGCUAGAGGAUUAUUAUGGCAAAUGUCUUCCACGUCAGAUGAAAGUCGAUUCCGAACCAGAAGUCGCGACAGAGCUAAAUUUAAACAAUACAUCCAUGGAGCAACCUGAUGAGUCGAUACAUAAAUUAUUGGAACGUGAAUUACGAUUGCUAGAUCCGAGAGAUCUGCGCUCGCAUGCCUGGUAUCACGGAAGUACGCUGAGGGGAGGCAGAAAGGGCGCCGAGGCCGAGGUUCCUAAUGACGGGGAUUUUCUGGUACGUGAUUGUGCAUCUCAGCCGGGUAACUACGUCCUCACUGUCAGGUGGAAAGGUCAACCACUCCACUUCGUCAUCAAUAGGGCUGUAAUACAAGCGGACACAGUCUAUGAGCGAACACAAUAUCAAUUCGAGGACGAGGCCUUCGAUACGGUCGCUGACUUGAUAACCUUCUACGUGGGCAGCGGACGUCCCAUAAGCCAAGCAAGUGGAGCACGUAUUGUCAAUCCGAAGCCAAGGUCGGUCCCUCUGACAUGUGUGGCUCCGGCGGCGUCGACGACUUCUAUCGCGACAUCAGUCCCAGGCACACUAGCGACCAGUCUCAGCUCCUCCUCGUCCUUAUCAGCGAGCUCGCCGCCGUGUCUGCCGAGGAAGCAACAGAGGAGCCAUUCGCUGACGCCCCAGCAGCAGCAUGAGGACCACGGGCCCUUCCAUGGGUCGAAUCACACCCAGUCGAGCACUCUUCCGAGAGUCCCUCAGUCAGGGAACCUCAGCCAGCAGCCGCCUUCCAGCUCGCUGUCCCUCGGUAGGCAGAAAAUCACUAGAGUCAUCUCCGACCCCGCGUUACAGCAGCAGAUUCUUCUUCCCUCGCAAAUUGCGCUCAGUCAAGGGACCUCAGCGCCGCCCAAACCUCCCAGGGUACCUUAUCACGGAACAAAUCCCUCGAGCUUACCAAUAAAAGGGGUUGUGAUCCGGAGUCAUUACCACCACAUUUCCCAGCCGGGAGAGGGGUACAACGGCAACGGGAGCGAGUACGAGCUAUCGGCGGAGGAGCAACUGGUGGUAGCAGCGCCCUCGAUGGAGAUCACCUCGGUCCUCGAUAUAGAAGGCUUCCAAACUUUCUUAUUACCAACGGGAGAUCACCGGCCCCUGGACCCGACAGCGCUCAGAGGAGUUUCGGGAAUGCUCCACGACUCAGCGCCACGCGUGCUCGCGUCCCACCUGACCCGGCUGGACCUGGAGCUGGUGCUGAACCCGGGGAUGGGAACUAGGUCAGGGAUGAGCGGCCUGGAGCUGGCGACUCUGCCUCACGGGCGUCAAACUCGGCUGGACCUAAUCGAGAGAUCGGAGUGUCUGAAGCUGCUGGUCGCGGUGACCGUCCUGGCGGGAGCCACUGCGAUAGAGCGGGCAGCAACCAUCAGCAAGUGGAUCAAAGUCGCGAUCGACACCAAGACCGCUCUAGGUAACCUGUACGGGUUCUGCGGCGUGAUGCUCGGGCUUUGUGUCCCGCAAAUUCAAAGGCUAGCAAACACUUGGCAUCUGCUCAGGCAAAAGUACACUGACGAGGCCUUCAGCUUUGAAGCCAAGCUCAGACCCACUUUGAGAGCCAUGAAUGAAUGUACAAACCCCCAGGCGCCAAAUACUACCCUCCCACAUCUUCUUCCUGUUGCUUUGCUCGGCGAACGUGCUCCUGAAGAUGUUUUAGGCACAGCAGCACCAUCCGGCCUAGUGGGAGCCAUAUUGUCGCCCUGGGAGAACUCAGCCCCGGAUUGUGGGCUGUCAAUCGUGUGGGCGCACCUGGAGGCCUCCAGGAAAUUGGUCGACAGUCUUCCGGUGUUCCGGAGGAACGCGGAAAUAGCUCUGGAGGGCUGGAGAAGCGACGAGCUUUUGACGGACGCUUUUAGGACUGAGUUUCAUAUAAAGUUUCUCUGGGGAAGUCGCGGAGCCGCGGUCGCGCCCGAGGAGCGGCAUCUCAAGUUCACUCAGGUCUUGGACGCCAUGUACGACAAGUGUGUCGCCAGCGAGAUGGCCGCCUGA